GCCUCGCGGGUAGACACGAGCCGGCGGGCAGCGGCGGCGGCGGCGGGGGUGGUUCUCAGCCCGGCCGGUGCAGGGCCUCCGACCGACCGCGGCCGAGCGGGGCCUGGGCGCGGGCGCCGGGGAAGCCCGCCGCGGCGGGCACAGGAGGAAGCGGCGGCGGCGCGUCCCGAGCCGUGCGCGCCAUGUCGGGCGGGCCCCCCAAGGGCCUGCCGUCCACCGGGCCCCACUCCCUGCUCGACAUGCCGCACCCGCUGGCCGGCUCCAGCAGCGAGGAGGCCGUGGGCGGCGACAGCACGCCCAGCCCGGACCUGCUGAUGGCCCGCAGCUUCGGCGACAAGGAUCUCAUUUUGCCCAACGGUGGUACUCCAGCAGGUACUUCGAGUCCAGCUUCUUCAUCUUCCCUUCUCAACAGACUUCAGCUUGAUGAUGACAUUGAUGGUGAGACCAGAGAUCUCUUUGUCACAGUUGACGACCCCAAGAAGCAUGUCUGUACCAUGGAGACCUACAUUACGUAUAGGAUCACCACCAAAAGUACGCGGGUAGAGUUUGACCUGCCAGAAUAUUCUGUUCGUCGAAGAUACCAGGAUUUUGACUGGCUGAGGAACAAACUGGAGGAAUCCCAGCCGACUCAUCUCAUUCCCCCGCUUCCUGAGAAGUUUGUGGUGAAGGGUGUUGUAGAUCGUUUUUCAGAAGAGUUUGUGGAGACCAGAAGAAAAGCUUUGGAUAAAUUCCUAAAAAGAAUUACAGAUCAUCCUGUGCUCUCUUUCAAUGAACACUUUAAUGUUUUCCUUACUGCUAAGGACCUGAACGCCUACAAGAGGCAGGGGAUGGCAUUGCUGUCCAGAGUGGGCGAGUCCGUCAAGCACGUCACCGGAGGCUACAAGCUGAGGAGUCGACCUCUGGAGUUUGCAGCCAUAGGCGACUACUUAGAUACCUUUGCACUCAAACUGGGAACCAUUGAUCGAAUAGCCCAGCGGAUCAUCAAAGAAGAAAUAGAGUACCUUGUAGAGCUGAGAGAAUACGGGCCUGUGUACUCCACGUGGAGUGCGUUAGAAGGGGAGCUAGCUGAGCCCCUGGAGGGAGUCUCAGCUUGCAUUGGCAACUGCUCGACGGCCUUGGAAGAGCUAACGGAUGACAUGACAGAAGACUUUCUACCUGUGCUCAGGGAAUAUAUUUUAUACUCUGACUCUAUGAAGAGCGUACUGAAGAAGAGGGACCAAGUGCAAGCAGAGUACGAAGCCAAACUAGAAGCUGUGGCCCUGAGGAAGGAAGACCGCCCCAAGGUGCCGGCAGAUGUUGAGAAAUGUCAGGAUCGGAUGGAGUGUUUCAACGCUGAUCUGAAAGCUGACAUGGAGCGGUGGCAGAGCAACAAGAGGCAGGACUUCCGGCAGCUGCUCAUGGGAAUGGCCGACAAGAACAUCCAAUACUACGAGAAGUGCCUCAUGGCAUGGGAGUCGAUUAUUCCACUACUACAGGAGAAACCAGAGGCCAAGUAAGUUCCUUCUUGGGACCGAGACUCUUCUACCUACACAGGGCCAUGGCACCCCAUACCAGGACGUCCCUGUAGUGCCAGAGAGGUGGCACUGAGAAAACAGCCACAGAGUCAUCUCUCCUUUGUGUAUUUCUCUCCCUUCCCGCCCCCCACCCACCUUUGUCUGACAGUGGUUCUCCGUUAGUAUUUAUUCCUUGGUGGAGUCUGUAAGGCUAUAAUCAUCUCUCAGCGAAAGAAGCAUACCUCCGUGUUGUGAAGGAGCCCAUUAAAUCUGGAACACUAAGAUCUGCAGCUGAGGGACGAGACAACCCAGCUGACGUUCUGACAUCUCAUUACAGUCUCCUGUUCGGGGACAGCAUGGUUGCCUGCGGUGGAAGAGAGCCCGGUUCUUGCUUUUCCAGGACACGAGGAAGGCGGGCACAGAGGGCAGCUCUCGUUUUCCACAGACACACGGGGACUCUGGAAUUGACCUGUGUGGGCAUCGACUUGUCUCAGCCUAGAAGGGGGUGUUGGCACCUCCACGGAAAGUCCUUAAUGUACAGUGGCCUAUAGCUGUGAGUGCGGCCUGCUGCCUGCUUGUGACGAGUGGCACUCUUUUGUGGCUUCUGGUUCACCUAGGACCAUUUAUAUCAGCGUCUGUAUGCGUCCGUACCCAAAUGAGCAAGCCAGUGUCCUUGUCCUCGUGCGAUACCUCGGGGAGCCGAGGGGGCAGUGCUCCCCAAACUUGUUUCUGACACUAGAAUGCAGUAGAUUGGAAACUGUUUUUUGUGUAAAAUGGGAGGGGGGGUGCAUUUUUCUCUGUGAAGUUCUUCAGUGUUUUUCUGUUGCUUGUUCAGUGUCGUCAGAGUAGAGCUGAGGCCCGUGGUGGGAAGUCCGUGUUGUCUGAGGUCAGAGUAGCUCCCAGUAACUGGGGUCAGUGGGCGUAUACUAGGCCCCAUCUCCACGUCUGCUCUGUGCCGUCUGCCUUUACCUCACCCAGAACUCCUAAUUUAGUGUCUCCUACCACGUCCACCGAGUGUUUGGGCGGCCUUUUGUUGAGAGGCUGGUGUGCUAUAGUGACACAGUGGAGGUUCUGGGAACUCCGUGUGCAUGUUCCAUAUGAAGUGCUUUAACCCUCGAUAGUCCCUGGUCGGAAAGAAAAGUCGGUACCUGGAUGGGCCUCGAAGAUGACAAGUGCUAACAGCGAGCCCUUUGCUUCUCGAUAAGCUAAAACCUCUUCAACUUGCAGCCACGUUCCCCAGUGACCACUGGCUGCAUCUCAAGUCUUCAAACCGACACGAAACCGACGAAGAGGAUCUAUCUUCCAACUCCUUUUCUUUCCUCCUGAAGUGAAGCUACCUACGCCACGUUUGCGCUCUCCCGUCCGUGGCUCAUCUCCCCGUAAAAUGAUCAACCUGAGCCUCAAAGAGGCAGUUAGUGUUCUUGUCGCGACGCAGCCGGGCCGAGGCGCUGGCGCACACGCGGGUCGUAACCCGCAGGUACCCGGCCGCGUGCAGCGUGUCGAGGUUCCUCCACCCCCUCGCGCCCGCGGCGUUGACCUUGGGUGGCCACUGCUGUGAUGCCAGGGGUGCAGCAGUAGGCCGGCGCAGAACAGUUCGGCUCUGUUUCAUUCAUGUUUUGAGGAAGUCACGGUUUCAGUUAGAACUUUUGUAUCCGUCGGUACUUGCCUGCACCGUCAGACCCCCUCACGCCGUUCUCAAAUCCUGCGAUGUGAAUUUUUGUUUGGUACAAUUAGAAGUGAUUCAUCGAAGCAGAAGGGUAAGGACAGGCCAUCUAGCCCGAGUGGUGAGUCCGUGUUUCAUGCUACCUCUAAGCCAUCACGUUGGUGCGGGUAUGGAUGAUGGACGUCUGGGUCCAAGCUGACAGCUUGCUGGUAGAACAGGGUGUAUAUCCAAUAACGGGUUGACGGCCCUCUCUUGAUAUUUCGUGGAAGGCACUAGACUGACCCAGCAGCGAGCGCUCAUCUCCAGGAACGCGCGAAGCCUUGCCUUGUGGAAUGCGUGCUUUAAAAACGUUGUCCGGUGUCACGAGUGCUUGGAAAGAAACGUGGAAAGAGUUGAUGGGAAGACCAGGAUCUCAUCUGCCGCUAGUUGCCAAAGCCCAGGAGCAUUCCCGUGGAAAGUUUAGUUGGAAAAGAAGGCAACCCUUCAAAACAGUCAUGGGGCUCCUCUCUGGGACAUAUGGGAAGGGAGUGGAGGGGGGACGCAGUCGUUCCUCACGUUAUUGGAGGCAGAAGACUAGCUCGGAGGGGACUCGGGCAUCUUGCGGCUUAUCUUUCUCCAUUUGUUUGCCAUGUGAUGUUUCUGUGCUUUAAGACACCAGGGAGAGCUGGGACACUGACGCCAGAGCUGGGAGAACCAGAAUAUGUUCCAGGCUCCCCUGGAGAAAUGGUCUUGCCCGAGAAGGGACGCUUGCCCCUUCCUUCAGGCUGGCGGCAGAUGAGGUGAGGAGGCCCAGGAAGAAGGGACGGUAGGCAGUGAAGGAGGCUCCCCAGGCCUCCCCGACCCCCACGGCUCGUCCAGCCUCUGCGGGUCAGGAGUCCCAGGCAUUUGCCCUUUCAUCUCUGUGAGCAUGAAGGGGAUUCCCUGUGAGAAGUGUGACCGGAGACUUCUGUGCCAAAGACUGCCUCGUAGAGGCUUCAUCACCCCGUCCUUCUUGGCUCCACAAAGUCGUGGUGCUGAGAUCACUGCCUCCUCUCUCAUAGUUGUGUCCCAGGAGGCUUUUGCUUGGGGACACGCUUGACCUCAGGCAGACAGACUUGGACAGGUUUUGAGUCUUGGGCACAUGGCGGCAGAAUGCAGAGUGACGCCUAUCAACUGCCUCUCGGGUGCGGGAAGUGAAGGGUUCAUUCACCCAGGUUAAAAAUCCAGGCUAAGGCAGAAGAGGAGAGAAUUCCUAGAAACUGAGCAGAUUUUAGAGAUGCACUUGAUGCUGAAGGGAGCACUUGUGCUUUGUGGCAGAUAUGGACACUGCGGUCUUCCUUAUCAUGUGGUGGAUCCACAAGGGGAUUCUGGGCUACUCUGCCCAAAGCCAAAAAACCUCUGUUCUUCCUGAAGGAGGAGGGAACACGUUUCACAGCCAGGUUUGGGGUUGGGUUUUGUCCUUUGAUAAGACUUACUAAUGAUUCCCAGUGACCUCAGAUAAGUGCAAUUAUGGAGAUGAUUGGCUCGUAUUUCACUGUGCUGCUCGUUGAACUCACCAGUCACCUUCCUUUUGGUGAAACAACAAAAGCCAGUACGACACCGGGGGUCGUGGUGAAUGUAACGUUAAGUUUGUCUUCAUGCCAAAUUUCAGCCACACCUGGAGCGUGUUCUACAUGUUGUCGAAUUAAAUGUUUUACCAGUCGCCAUCCACACGAGGGAUUUAAA